GGUUACCAAAAAAAUUCGGUUCACUGCCGUUCAGUGCCUUCACGGUGACCUCGUCGUUGUUUCUUUUCCUUUAGGGCAGCCGCUCGUCCACUAUGAGCACAUUACGGCUGUGUGUUAACGCGUUAAGGUCAUCUUGUAGUCGCCCCAGAAGAUUACAAUACGCCUGCCUCACCGCACGGAAUGCCCACACGCGCGUUCCACUUAGGUAUCCUAUCGAGGCCGGCUUAGGAGAGUUCCUACCUCCAGUGGCGCUCAAGGUCGUUGCUGUCGACUAUCAGGAUGGGCUAUUGAGGCAGUUGAAUGAGGAGACUCGAGGCUCACAAUAUGAGGGAAUGUCCGUGGUGACUACCCUAACGACGUCUCUUGAGGACCCAUUUGACAUACUGAUAUCCAAUCUCGCGAGUCUGGCUGUUAACAAUCACUUCUUCCUUGACCAUCUUAAGCCUCCACCGACAAAGGGUUUGACACAUCAGGAUGAGAUGUCUUCAACCUUGCGUACAAAUAUAAAAGAACAGUAUGGCAGCAUAGCCCAGCUGAAAUCCACUUUUUCUGCGGCAACACUGGGGAUGUUUUCCUCGGGGUAUGUCUGGCUCGUCACGGACAGCGCAGGAAGAAUGGCAAUUAUCCCUACGUUUGGCGCGGGUACACUUCUGGUCCGGUCUCGCCAAUACAAAGCUCCUAUGGACGAUCUCAAAGAUCUGGACUUGAGGCGCGACGGACUCGUAUCAGGCGAACCAUUCUAUGACGAGUAUGUGAAGGAAGUGGACGAAGAAUGGGACAGAUUGAAGAAGGAGGUCGAAUUGACCGAAGAAGGAGCAGAACCUUCACAAGAGGAGCUAGAAGAAAUGUACAAGCCCACGCCAAGCGAGCAGCCUGAGGUGUUCACUCCGGUUUCGACAUUCAAGCCUCCAUACAAGAAGCCUUGGCAACCUGGUGAACGUGGAUAUCAUACCAGUGCCAGGACAUUAGCCAUCACGGAUCCCUCCACUCGGCAAUCCGCCAACUCAGAGGGUUUCUCAGAUCGGUUCGACCCCGGAAAAGAUGAUGUUAAUAAUCUCGGAGACGUGCUGUACCCGCUUUUCUGUGUAUCGGUUCACGAACAUGCUUGGAUGAGCGCCGGGUAUGGCGUGUGGGGAAAAGAGGAAUGGAUGAAAGAGUUCUGGUCGGUCUUGGACUGGGCCAAAAUUAGCAACACGUACGCUAGUGUUGCGAGUGGCAUAGGUGACAAAUCCGCUAAAAGGCCAUUGCCCUAAUAUCUCAAUACAGCAUCAUUUGUUCUGUAGACGGAGGACAUAUUCUACUCACUUAUUAAGUCCUAGAUUUUCGGACCGAGAUCCGAUUGUUUGGUUUCAUGUUUG